UCCAUCUUUUCUACCAGAAGGAUCCAAUCUUUUUCAAUUUCUACUUCCAGAACCUGACGAAAGGUAAUUAAUAGCCAAAGAGAGAAUAGAAUUGAAGGGUCUCCUCACCGACCUUCCUCUUCCUCCAAAAUCCAACACCAACCCAAACCGAGGCAGCAGCGGCCACAGCGGCGAUCUUUUGAUCCCUUCCGAACAGCCGUCCGAUGGAAGAACAGCAUCAAGCCGCCGCGGGGAAAGAGACCGAAGAGGCCGAAGCCGUCGAACUCGUCCUGUUCCAAGUCAACGAGUGCUACGUCUAUUUGAUACCUCCGAGGAAGAGCGCAGCUUCCUACAGGGCUGAUGAGUGGAAUGUGAACAAAUGGAACUGGGAAGGGGCGCUAAAAGUUGUUAGCAAGGGGGAGGAGUGUAUUAUUAGACUGGAAGACAAGACUACAGGUGCAGGAGAACUUUAUGCUAGAGCAUUUCUGAGAGAGGGUGAGCCACAUCCAGUGGAGCCUGUAAUUGACAGCAGCAGAUACUUUGUGCUUCGAGUUGAAGAAGAUAUAGAUGGUCGCCGACGGCAUGCUUUCAUUGGUUUGGGUUUCCGAGAAAGGCCGGAAGCUUAUGACUUUCAAGCUGCUCUCUAUGACCAUAUGAAAUAUUUAAACAAAAAGAAAACAGCUGAAGAGAUGGAACAGCAUUAUCAGACUACAUCAUCAGUUGAUUAUAGUCUAAAAGAAGGCGAAACUCUGGUGCUCCAAAUAAAAAAUAAAGGAGGCCACCGAGGAAAGCCUGCAUCUGUUGAGCAAGGCCUCAGCAAUCUCUCAUUAAAUGAGAAGGCAGCCAACAAAGAGGUUCCAAUGUGCCUGAAACCUCCUCCUCCCCCGCCUGGACCCCUUUCUCCUGUUUCUCCCGUCGGUCGCCCUCAGAGAUCAUCAACCAGCGAUGCCAGUGUACAUUCUAAAUUCGAAUUUCCAUCUGAUUCCGAAGAAUCAUCUUCUACCACAGAAAAGAGUGCUGAGGAUUUCCCAGAAGAUGACUUUGGGGAUUUUCAGGCAGCUGUCUGAAUUUUUUAUAUUCCCUUCCUUUUUGCUGAUAUGCCUACACCAUCUUUUUCAAUUUGCUAUGUUGGUUAAUGCGCAAAAAGUUAUAUGACACUACAAUCCGUUUUUGGCCAUUUUAGAUAUAUGUGCUAUGGUUUGCUAUGAGAAUUAUUAAUCUAUUCAUAAUUUUUCUUUCUUCAUAAA